AUGAACACUCAGUUUUUCUACAAUUCCUUGACCACACCUCAAAUUCUAGAAAACUCCUCGAUUUUCGACCAAAAUCUUGAAACCCCGUCUCCGGAAACCAAUAUUUCAUCGGAACACAUAGCCGUCGGAAACCCUAUUGUUCUGGAAGGCAUUGCCGCCGUGGUCGGAGAACAGGUUCUAUUCGGAAAAAGUAGUAUUACAUCAAGUGGUCACAGCGAAGGAUCAAAGUCCAAACCGGUUAAGAAUAAUGGUGGUGUGGAGAAGAGUUACAGAGGGGUGAGGAAGAGGCCGUGGGGGAGGUGGUCGGCGGAGAUACGUGACAAGAUAGGGCGUUGCAGGCAUUGGCUGGGGACGUUUGACACUGCGGAGGAAGCGGCGCGUGCGUACGACGCAGCGGCAAGGCGGAUGAGAGGUGCUAGUGCAAGGACUAACUUCGAGAUACCAUCGGUGUUUCCGCUUCCAACGACGUCUUCAGCAUCUUCGUCGUCCGCAGAAGUCAAGAAGAAAAAGUCCAGUAGCACAUGUAGUACCAAUAAGUGCCACGUAGUGACCUCGGUGGCUCAGUUGUUCAGUAAUUCCGAUCGGGAAAUGAUGAAGAUGACCGGAAUUAUUAAUGUGGAAGCUACCUAA